GCGGCAAGAUGGCGGACAGUGCGGAACUAAAGCAAAUGGUUAUGAGCCUUAGAGUUUCUGAACUGCAAGUACUUCUGGGUUACGCGGGGAGGAACAAGCACGGACGAAAACACGAACUUCUCACAAAAGCACUGCAUUUGUUAAAGGCUGGCUGCAGCCCUGCUGUACAAAUGAAAAUCAAAGAACUCUAUAGGCGAAGGUUCCCUCAGAAAAUCAUGACACCGGCAGACUUAUCUAUCCCCAGUGUACACUCAAGCUCCAUGCCAACGGCUUUGUCUCCGUCAACCAUUCCACAGCUCGGUUAUGAUGGGCACCCUGCCACGUCACCGUUGCUUCCCGUUUCACUUCUGGGACCUAAACAUGAACUGGAACUCCCCCAUCUCACAUCUGCGCUCCACCCUGUCCACCCCGACAUCAAACUCCAAAAAUUACCUUUUUAUGACUUGUUGGAUGAGCUGAUCAAACCUACCAGCCUAGCAUCAGAUAAUAGUCAGCGAUUUCGAGAAACCUGCUUUGCGUUUGCACUGACGCCGCAACAAGUGCAGCAAAUCAGCAGUUCAAUGGAUAUUUCUGGGACCAAAUGUGACUUCACAGUACAGGUCCAGCUAAGGUUUUGUUUAUCAGAAACCAGUUGUCCACAAGAAGAUCACUUCCCACCCAAUCUGUGUGUGAAAGUAAAUGGGAAACCAUGCAGCCUUCCAGGCUACCUUCCACCAACCAAAAAUGGUGUUGAACCAAAGCGACCUAGCCGACCAAUCAACAUUACCUCACUCGUCAGAUUAUCAACGACAGUACCAAACACAAUCGUUGUUUCGUGGACUGCAGAAAUUGGACGAAACUAUUCCAUGGCAGUUUAUCUUGUAAAGCAGCUGUCCUCUACGGUGUUACUGCAGAGGUUGCGAGCGAAAGGAAUACGGAACCCUGAUCACUCUAGAGCACUAAUUAAAGAGAAGCUAACUGCUGAUCCUGACAGUGAAAUAGCAACAACGAGCUUAAGAGUCUCUCUGCUUUGUCCACUUGGAAAAAUGCGGCUCACUAUACCAUGUAGGGCCCUGACUUGUUCACACCUGCAGUGUUUUGAUGCCACUCUGUAUAUUCAAAUGAAUGAAAAGAAACCAACCUGGGUUUGCCCUGUCUGUGACAAGAAGGCUCCCUAUGAACAUCUCAUUAUUGAUGGGUUGUUCAUGGAAAUCCUGAAGUAUUGUACAGACUGUGAUGAAAUUCAGUUUAAGGAGGAUGGAUCGUGGGCUCCUAUGAGAUCAAAGAAGGAAGUGCAGGAAGUAACUGCAUCUUACAAUGGAGUUGAUGGAUGCAUAAGCUCUUCCUUGGAACAUCAGGUGUCUUCUCACCAACAGUCAAAUAAAAAUAAGAAGGUAGAAGUGAUUGAUUUAACCAUUGAUAGCUCAUCAGAUGAAGAGGAGGAAGAGCCAUCUGCGAAGAGAAGCUGUCCCUCUAUAUCUCCAGCAUCACCGUUAAAUAAUAAAGGCAUCUUAAAUUUACCGCAUCAAGCAUCUCCUGUGUCAAGAACACCAAGCCUUCCUGCUGUUGACACCAGCUACAUCAAUACAUCACUUAUCCAAGACUACAGGCAUCCGUUCCACAUGACACCUAUGCCUUAUGACUUGCAAGGUUUAGAUUUCUUCCCUUUCCUGUCGGGAGACAAUCAGCAUUACAACACAUCCCUUCUUGCCGCUGCAGCUGCGGCAGUUUCCGCAUCAGAUGAUCAAGAACUCUUACACUCUCGUUUUUUCCCAUACACUUCAUCUCAGAUGUUUCUCGAUCAGCUGAAUGCAGGAGGAAGCAGUUCUCUGCCAGCCACAAAUGGUAGCAAUAGUGGCAGUAACAGCAGUCUUGUUUCCUCCAACAGCCUGCGAGAGAAUCAUGGUCAUCCAGUAGCAAGUAGGAGCAGCACGGACACGGCGUCUAUCUUUGGUAUCAUACCAGACAUUAUUUCAUUGGACUGAUUUUUGGAGAAAACGAACUCGUCAAAGGAAAUCUUUGUGCUUGGUUUUACUUUAUGUUAGAAACAUAGACAAGUUUUUUUUCCUUUUUUAGGGAAAAAAAUUUAUGUGUACAGAGAACAAAAGUAUAUUUUCAGUUUUACUUUUGUAUAUAAACCUAAGAUGGCUUCACUGGUAAAAAUAAGAAAAAAAAACACAAAACAAAAAAAUUUAAGAAAAACAAGGAGCUUCAGUUCAUUUUUAUGGAUGCUGAAGAUUUUACACCUGUGCAUUUGUCAUGUGAGUUACUUUUUUUUUUUCCCAUAGUUUGGACACAAAUGGCAUUAUUUUCUUCACAGUAACAUAAGCAGAAAAGGAGCUGAACUUUUGAAGUUCAUACUUGUGAGAGGAGUUUUUCUCCUCUUGAAGUUAUUUACCUUCGGUGGAAUGUAAUUCCCCCAUCCCAUAUUUAGUGCAGAUUUUAUUGUGCUUGAAGCGGAUUAAACCCUACCCCCAGCAUCCCCUCUUUUUGCAGGACAUAGCCUUUCAGGAGUGGGUUUGUUUUUUGGGUGUUUUUAUUGUCAUUUCUGGUUCGACGUGAUCCUCUAUUUUGUUUAAUUCCAUGCUUUCAUUAAGCAUGUUGCAGGCUCAUUAGUGCACCAAUUAUUCUUGAGGGCCAGACUCAAUAAAAUCUCAGGCUGAGGAUUUACUUGGCUGUGCUUAUGUGGGACGAGACAGAGAAUUUUUAUAGAAUCUAGCCCCAAAUUAAGGCAUUGACCCAUUGGACUGUGGGGUUUUGUUUCUAAGAACUUACUAGUAAAUCCUUUUAAAGCAGCAUAAGAUCCUAAUCAGCAAAAUAUUAAGCAUGUGUCAGUUUUAACUUUGUGGAACUGCUUGUGCUUUGAAGUUAGCCAUGCGUGUAUAAACGGCCUGUUGAAUUGAGGCCUGUCUUGUUCCGUCUGGAGAAACCUUUUUGUCGCUGCCGUAGAUCAAAUUCCUGCUUAGAAGUGAACUUGUCAACAAAAAGGAAGCAAAUACAAAUACCAACACACUAUUGCAUGGUUUGUGCAGCUGAUAACGGCCUUGGUACGCUGUCUUCUGAGUUUACCUUCAUCAAAAUGAAUAUUAAAUGUUCAGCGUGAGUCUCUUAAACCAAAAACCAACCCGAUAAAAAAGCCCCACCCUGGAGCCCAGUGCUCAAAUGUGUUGCUACCUAUUGAAGUCUGUUAGGGUAGUGGGUUGCAAAAUUCAGUUUUCUCUUUUUGGCCUUGUAGUUAUUUUAGUUUCCCUGAUUUCUCUGUCCGCUUCUGUUGAACUUUGAGCCAUACGGACUUCCUGGUUUCUUUUCUCUCUUAUUUAAGUUGUGCAUGACAUAGGAAAUCCUUUUUUUUAGAACUGGUAGGUCAUUUGGGCUGAUCUGUUCUUAUUAAAGAGUGAAAUUGUAAAUAGCUGGAAUGCAGUUUUUCAGGAGAUUCUUUAAAGUAAGAGAAGGGAGAGGGAAAGAAGCAAUUCUCUUGUGUCCCAAAGUCCACAUCAGAGAGAGUAAAUAGUUCCUCUGGUGUGAAAAAUAUUUUUAUAACUGGUUGAAAGUGCAGGUGACAAGUUUAUCAGGAAAGAGAGGUAAGGAAUACUAAAAUUAGCAGAUUCUUGUCUUAGUUCUUAAUGUCCAAACCUGUUGAUUGCAGCUGGUUGCUUUGAGCAUUGACAAGGGCCACCUUUUGCCUAUGACGUUGUCUCAAAAUCUUGCAUUGAUUAAAAAAGAAAAAAAAAGGAAAAAAAAGCAAAAAACGUAAAAAAAAUCUUUAAUCCAAGUAGCAUUAGGUAUUGCUGUAUGAUCAGUCGUAUGGUUAUUUGAAAGGUUCACAUUAUGUGGCAUCAAAAUUGUUUUUAGUGUUUUUACAGCAUCCCUCUGCCACUAAAUAGUUGACUUGAAUUUUGAAAGCAAAUGUUCGUGUUUAUAUGUAUAUGUGUGUGUAUAUAUGUAUUUAUAGAUCCGUGUGUGUGAGUUCAAAGUGAGUUAAAUAGUUUUUCCCAUGCAUGUGUAUUUCAUACAUAUCUGGCUGAUAUAUAUAUAUUUCACCAUACACCAAUUUUAUAAUUUAUUAAAUGUCAGUUAAAAAAAAAAUAAAAGGAUAGAAAAUGGGAAAUACUUAUUUUUUAAGCUCAGUCUGAUUUUGAAGUGAUUAAACCUACAUUAGGAAUAUAUCUCAUACAUUUUAGUCAUGAAUACUAACCUGGUAACUUCAGAGCAUAUGCUUUGCUGUAAUACCGUUUGUAAAUCCGGAGUAUGACUGCUGUCGGUGUAACUGAGAGCACGCGCGUCCCCAGCUUCCGAAACACCUCCGCGAAAGUCGGGAGAGCUUGUGGCUGUUUUACUGAUGAUUGUGGCAAUGUUUCCAUGGACUGUAUUGUUAACGAUGACCUGGAGAGCAGCUUUAUGUCACUUUUGACAAUGGUAUUAAAAUCUUGUUAAUUCACAUAUAAAAUUAAACGUGGCAAGCGUGUGGUCGCACCGAAUCCGGCAUCUCUGUGCCUGUGUUAGCUUUUGAAAGUAAGGUCAGCCGCAGACAUCUUCCAUUUCAGUCUGAGGGGAAGGAAGGCUGUUCAGUUCACCGUUGUAGUUUUCUAACCUCGUUGCUCUACAAAGAAGGGAUGGAACUGUUCUGGAGUCCUCCUUUGUGGUAUGAGUCCCAUAUGCUUUGUGAGUAUUCCUGUUUCAUGCUACAGUGUUCUUUAUAGUUGAUAAUUCUCUGUGCCUCUGACCACAGUUAACAUUGCUUGGUAGAAGUCUCAGUCUGAGUUCUUGACAAGUUCCCUGCAGACGUUGCUCCAGACCUCGGUCUCCGUUGGUUUGCAUGUUACCAGAGAUGCAGUGAAGCAGCCUGGGGGCUGCAGUGCUGCUCCCUUUGCUGCCCGUUGCACGGUUGCUGCCAUCCUUAGGCUGGUGGUUUCUUGUCCUCAAGUUCUUCCACUGGAGAAGCGGGCUGUGCGCACACGUGUGCGUGUGUGUCCAUGUUACGCGCAGUGCUAUGUGUGUAUAUACCUACACACAAAUACAGCUACGUAGAAGUUCCAACAGCAGGGUGGAAGUGGCUUUGAAUCGCUCUUAAGGGCAUUACUGCUACACCUUUAGAAGAUGAAAACCACGCUAAACUCUAACCUAUGCCGUGCGUUAAAAACUGUGUAGCACUUCCAUAGCAUAGACGUGACAGCAGAUCCGGGUGUGCCCCUUCGUCUCCUCAGCAAGGAUUCAAUACACCCUUCAAGGAUGGGAUGACUGCUAGAUUGUCACUGGACUCUCGGACCUGCCUCCCAACGCAGAGCUAAGGACUGUGAGGAGAACGUUUGGAUAACGAAUUCUUUGGUGCAGUUUAACAUUUCAGGGUUUUAAGCACAUUUUUAAUAGAAAGGAUUUUGUUUUGUCAGUGUAACUGUUUUUUCUUUUCCUUUUUUUUUAACAGAGCUUAGAUUUCUAACAAGGGAAAAUUGCUGGUGGUCCCCGAAAGUGCUGCUGUUAAUUGUUUUAAUUAACAAAGGGAAAAAAAAUGUAUAUAAGCAGAAUAUUAAAAAUACCAUUAAUUCCAUGAAUUUAUAUCUGUCAUUCAUUGCCUUAAAACUUUCUCUUUGUUUCCAUACGGCAUGCCAAAACAGUAAAUGGCUUUUAAAAAUGUAUAGUAGACCAAUGUCAGUUUGUAUAAAAGUACCGAGUGAAAAUAUUUAUUAUAUGCAUUGGAAAAAAAAAUUGUUUACCUAUUGAAUGUUACCUGUUUAUGUAGAAAU